CGAUAAACGCCAGUCUGUGAUGAAACAACGCUACGACAUGAAAACGAAGGGUCGUGUGGUUGAGGCAGGCGACAGAGUGUAUGUUCAACUGAGGCCAACGGAUAGAACUUGGAUCCGAGUGAUUAUGAGAUGGACAAGAGCUAAUGCAGUGGAAGCGGAAUUGGAAGAUGGGCGGGUACUUCAACGUCAGUUGGACCAAGUGCGACGAUAGCCUGUUAGUCCUGCAGAGGAACAAGCAAAUUGUCCAUCACUUGCACCCCUGAGGAUAGCACCAGAAGCAUUGCCAAAUGACCACGCUGAGCAACCUACACAGCGAUGGCGAUCACCGUGAGAAGCGUGAGAAGCUGGAUACUCUUAAGGUAGCGGUGUAGGACUGUUGUGAUUGGUUGUCAGGACCCACGGUCUGUCUGGCCUUUGC